ACAACAGAGGGCGCUACACCCAAGAUGGCAGCCACCAUGGGAAGCAAAAGCUGUCUGCUACUUCAAAGUUUUGCCACAUUUCUGGUGGUUUUUAUGUCUGCAAUUUGUUUUAAACCCAGCAUCUGUCAGCCAGAAGAUCUGAGCCUACCCAGAAUUCUUUCAGAGGUGGAAAGGAGAUGCGUUCUGGUUCUUUAUAAUAAAAAUAUUGCUCACGUGGAAACUCUCGCGAAUGAAUUGCAUCAGAUUUUGACGGACAGUAAGGACAUCACUUUUGGCACUUCUGAACUUAUCCUAAGUGACGGACUCACUUGGCCAAACGGUCAGCCGUUGCAGUGGGUUGGUAAAAGCUCAAAAGCAAAACACCUGAUAUCAGAAGCUGACGGUGGCACGUUGGUGAUUUUCCCAAAGCAGAAGAAAGAUCGGGAAUGCCUGAUCACUGGCCCAGGAAGAAAACCCCAAGCAGAGCUGUUCACCGGCCCUUUGAAUGUCCAAACAGCUCUUGAUUGGGUGAAUAAUAUUUGCCACACGUAUAUCAGCCCAACUGGAGGACUAACAUAUGAAGGGUUGCACAGAGACAGUAUCCUACAGAACCUAUUCAGUGUGUCGCAUGUAUCAAAUUUCACCAUGCAGGAUUUUAAUCGCCAAUGGAAUCAGGGUUCUUUGGUGUCAAGGUUACAACUUCAAAACGUAUCGGGAGAAUCUGCCAGUACAGUUUGUCAGCCGCUGGAUUUCAGAUCUUUAAUUUUUGAUGGUGAAUGCAGCAAAGACAUGAAAGGAUUCUGCAGAGCGUCCGAAGCAGAGAUUGCAGAUGGUGAUAUGUUAAAGCCAGCUUUUAGCCAAUUUGGAAACACAGAGAUGUUGAAAGAUAUUUCAGAGGACUGUCCUGAAGGAAUAAGAAAAGAUCCGAUAUCUUCGAGACGGUUCCCACAGUGUGAACGUUUGUCCGAACUACCAACCAAAGGACAGUUCUUUUACGACUACUUAAAGACGUCCAAACCAGUCAUCCUAGAGGGCGCUGCAGCACACUGGGACGCCUUUCGCAAGUGGACGAUGGAGUUCCUUAGAGAUCAGUACGGUGACAAGGAUGUUCAUGUCAAGCUUGCUCCCGACGGACUCUUUGAAGGAGUUGAGGCAUCGUCCAACUGGGAGGAAUAUGGGACAUUCACGAUACCAAGCGCCGUCUUGGACAUAUUACCCUUUCCAGAUCUGGUCGUUGUCCGACCAGCGACAAUAAAUCUGAAAUUUGCUGAGUUUUUGGAUAUGAUCUCAAAUACCUCUAAAGUGGAAAAGGAAUCAGGCAACGGAAAACCUAGAGCCUCCGCCUAUCUUGAAUACUCAUCCAUCCCUAAUUACCUUCCGGAGCUUGAGCAAGACAUCCAGGAAUUGCCUUUUGCUCGGGACUUGUUGAAGAGACGUCACUUGAACAUCUGGCUGAGUGACGGAAACACACUCGGCAAGCUCCACUUUGAUCCCUUUGAUAACUUCCUUUGUCAGAUCCGAGGUAAAAAGCAACUAACCCUUUUUGAGCCUCACGACAACACCAAAAUGUACGAGGCUCACAUUCCUGAAGCUAAGCUGGGUUAUGAUCCUCUGAGCAGGCGAUUCCGUCGCAAGAAACUCCUGGAUAGCACGGCCAUGGUCAUGGCACCCGUUGACAUCCUCAAUCCAGAUUUUCAGAGAUUCCCUGCAUUUGCUGAGACACGCCCACUAAACUGCACCAUUAAUGAGGGAGAUGUCUUAUUCAUGCCAGCAUUCUGGUGGCAUGAGGUACAGUCUUAUCCUAACGUCACUGAAGGCAGGAAUCUGGCUGUCAACUUCUGGUAUGAACCAUUCCUGACUAAAGAAUUUCCAUGUGGACAUUGCAAGUUGGAUGUGAACCCCCUCUACAGGCAUCUCUUGUGAAGGCCCUACUUACUACCACUGCACUGCAAAUCCUCAUUCCUCCGAAUGCUGCAAGUUGGAUGUGAACCCCCUCUACAGGCACCUCUUGUGAAAGCCCCACUCACUACCGCUGCACUGCAAAUCCUCAUUCCUCCGAAUGCUGCAAGUUGGAUGUGAACCCCCUCUACAGGCAUCUCUUGUGAAGGCCCCGCUUACUACCACUGCACUGCAGAUCCUCAUUACUCAGAAUGCUGCAAGUUGGAUGUGAACCCCCUCUACAGGCAUCUCUUGUGAAGGCCCCACUUACUACCACUGCACUGCAGAUCCUCAUUACUCCGAAUGCUGCAAGUUGGAUGUGAACCCCCUCUACAGGCAUCUCUUGUAAAGGCCCCACUCACUACCACUGCACUGCAAAUCCUCAUUCCUCUGUAUGCUGCAAGUUGGAUGUGAACCCCCUCUACAGGCAUCUCUUGUGAAGGCCCCACUCACUACCACUGGGCUGCAAAUCCUCAUUCCUCUGUAUGCUGCAAGUUGGAUGUGAACCCCUUCUACAGGCAUCUCUUGUAAAAACGCACCACUCACUACCACUGCACUGCAAAUCCUCAUUCCUCCGUGAGCUGCAAGUUGGAUGUGAACCUUCCUAAUAAACUUUAGUACGGCACUAAUGUAUACUGGCAAGAAAUUGCUGUGUGAUUCGGGGUGGAUGUGAACUUCCUAUCACUAUUAGUUCUCAUCCUAAAUCUCCGUUCCAUACGAGACUCAGGAAUUCCAAUUCGUUUUCUGUAUGGUGCAAUGCAAGUUGGAUAUGAACUUCCCUCAUGCAACAAUUUCUUUGUGUUACAGUCUGGUUGGAUGUGAACUUAUGACGCACCAAAUUCUUGUUAAGUGCCACCUUAAUUUUUUAUGGGUUUCAAAUAGACCACGGAGUCUUUAAUUCAAUAUAAUUGGUUGAAAAGUUAUUUUACCUAUCUUUACUGUGUGUAUUUUGUUCCUGUGCCAUACAUCAGUUAUUAUUUGUAUAUGAUCGAUUGAUAUUACUCUAAGGAUGGUAUUGAAAUAUGUAUUUUAUUGUGUGAUGGGAUGUUGUAAUAUUAUGUUUAAGUAACUGAAACAAAAACAGGUGAUUUAUUUAAUGAUAAAUAAUUUAGUACAUGU